CGAUUAGGGGGCCAGUCCUCCACCGUGCGAGCAUAUGUUUUCAAAGCGAAAAUCCCAAGUUUCAAUUUGUUGUCCCAAUUGAGUCUCAUGAGAUCCGUAAUUUUCUCAAAGAAUAGGUAUACGCCAGUGUGAGGAAGGAAUCAAAUGAGAAUGGUCCGUCUCAUACUCUUUCUAGAGCCUAUGAAAGAAAGGGAGUUGGGACUGUGUUUUGUUUUAGAUUGCAAAUUGAGGGGAUGAGAGAGAAGAAAGGGGCUGUUGACAUUUCGCUUGCUGUGUCUGUGUGAUGAGAUGACAGAGAGUUGAAAGUUUUUGAGUAAUUUUUAGUCAAAUACUGCAGGCUCUUUCCUUAGCUAUAUACAUAUAUAUAUAUACACACACGCAUUUAUGCUUGACAUUUUGUUUGUGGGAAUACCCUUAUAAGGAAAGGGAAGGAAAGAGGAGGAACAAGAACACGAAGAGAGGAGGUGAAGACCACUAUGGAGGCUGUGACGAAUGAUAUCGGACGGUCGGGUCCCAGAGCUGAUGAAGAAGAUCACCGGCAUCAUCAUCCAGAAGUAGCCAGCAAUAAUGAUCAAGAGAAGAGAUUGAACGGCAAAUCCGGUCAUCAUCUAAAUGGCCAUGAUGAUCGAGGAGUACUGGGAGACAAUAACAUUUCAGCUAAGGAGAAAGAUCAGCUCGAAUCUGCGAGAGCAGAGAUGGGACAGGUGAGAGAAGAGAAUCUGAGACUAAAGCAGUAUUUGGAUCAGAUAAUGCGAGAUUACAAUAACCUUCAGAUGCAAUUCCUCGACGUCGCCAAGCAAGGAGAUCAUAAGCCAUCGGUUGAUGCAAUCAGAAAACAUAAAGACAUUGAUGAUCAAGGAACUGGUCGAGAAUCUGAACUUGUGUCGCUGAGCCUUGGAAGAGCGCCCUCGAGCAGCGACUCAAAGAAGGAACAAGAGAAAAUCGACAAGCCAUUAUCGUCAAGUCCAAAAAAAGGCAAUGUUGAUAAGGAGAAGUUUCAGCUAGAAGAAGAAGAUCAAGAGUUGAAGCUUGGGCUGGAGUGCAAGUUCGAAGUGGAGAAGCCAGGUACCAUCGAAUCUACUUUGCCCACCAACUUGAGCCCUACGAACAGCUUUGAAGAACAGAGGGAGGAGGAGCCUGGGCAGACUUGGCCACCAAGUAAAGCUCCGAAGACAAUGAGGAGUGGAGACAAUGAAGUUUCCCAGCAAGACAAUAAUAAUCCUGUGAAGAAAGCUAGGGUUUCUGUCCGAGCUCGAUGUGAUGCCCCAACGAUGAAUGAUGGAUGUCAAUGGAGAAAGUAUGGCCAAAAGAUUGCAAAAGGCAAUCCAUGUCCUCGCGCAUACUAUCGAUGCACGGUUGGACCGUCUUGUCCCGUGAGGAAGCAGGUGCAAAGAUGCGCAGAAGACAUGUCGAUUUUGACAACAACGUAUGAAGGAACACACAACCACCCACUUCCCAUGUCUGCCACUGCCAUGGCUUCCACCACCUCGGCUGCUGCCCAAAUGCUUCUCUCCGGCUCCUCAUCUUCGAGCUCUAAUCCAGGUCAGGGCCCAUCGACUGCCACUAAUCUCCACGGAAUGAACUAUCAUCUUUCGCCAGAAACCUUGAGACCUGGUGGUGCCAUCAGAUCGCCGUUCUACUUGCCCACUGCCUCAUCCUUGAGCUCUUGCCCGACCGUCACUCUUGAUCUCACCUCUUCGAACCCAUCUUCAUCUUCUUCCUCGCACCUGUUCACUAGGUUUAACCCUUCCACAUACAGUACCUACCCUCCAAUAUUAUCAUCAAGUAGACCUUUCUCCUCAACAAGCACUCUAAGCUUUGGCUCCUCGGAUUCAAUCCCAAGCGCAUUACCAAUCACAUCUUGGGGCAUCAAUACUGGUGGCAGCGGACUUCCCAGUUAUGCCACAAGCAGUGGUUACAUCAACAAGAGCCAGGAAGACAACAAGGUUGGUAGUAUUUAUCAGUCAUACUUGCAAAAGAACAGCUCAUCUUCGUCAAACAUAGCAUUACCUGACACUAUAGCGGCAGCAACCAAGGCAAUCACCGCAGACCCGAGUUUCCAAUCUGUGUUGGCUGCUGCUCUCAAGUCAAUAAUCGGCAGCAGGAAUGGUAUAGGGCCGGGGAAUUCCGGUGGUGCACAGUAAUCGAUGAGAGAGCAUAGUGAAGAUCUCUUAGAAGUCGUAGUCCGCUCUCUUUGCACCAAGGAUAUCGGUCGCCAGCUAGCAAUCAGUGCUCUUGGUGUAAUCUAUCGGGCCAAAUCUCUGCAAGAUUUGAUUUGGCUCUUACUCCCGGUAGUUGGCAUUCAAUGUAAAUGGUCGCUAACGUUUGGAUCGGUCGUCGCCCAUUAGUUUCGAGAAGCUCUUUUAAUAUGAGCAUGCAAAUAUGUAUGUUGUAGGUAACUUUGGAACUUCAAUUUUUUGGAUUGGACGUAGAAUCAUUUUCAACAUCAUAAGUACAUAACUGCAAAAUCAUUUUAAUGUGUUGG